GGCCGUCUCAAGCCAUUCCAUUCGAUGAUCAUUGAAUUCACUCAAAAUUACUCAAAGACUCGAUUGCUCAGUUGUAGAAACGUCAGCGUGCCAGUAGACUCGAUAAAAAGAAGGAUCGAAUGCUUUAUCGAUGGUUACCGCUGGGUGGCCAAAAUGUAUCACUCGCUCCGAAAAGAUCAAUGUAGGAUCAAGCUCACAUUCCAAAUCUGUACCAACUGUCGUUUCGAUGAAGACUGCCUCAAUGGUGGGAAAUGUAUAGUGGAAUUCAACUCAAUGGUUUUUGCUAGCUGCUAUUGCAGCUAUGGUUUCUUUGGCAAAAACUGUGAAAAGUGUAACGGUGAAGAUGAGUGUUUUGCUUAUGCAGAAGUCCAUGAAGAACGAUUCAAUGCCUACGGAAUGUUUGAUCCAGACUGCUACAAUAUGAAGAAGUUUAGCGACAGUGACUUCGUUUAUUACCGUAAAACAGAGAGCGAUGUGGAGAUUAUAUUGGAUUUUGCCUCGACAUCGUGGGUGUCAAUCGGAUGGCGGCCAGAGGGUCUGGACAAAUCUUGCAGGCUAUUCCCCGAUUUGGAAGGUAUGAUGUUUUUAGCCCAGGAGGGUCCACGUCCGAUUAUGCCUCGCAACAAUGGAUUAUUGGAUUCGGCUCUGCACGCACCACUUCAUCCUAUGGAUUGCGUCGAUGUGUUGAUUGGUGCAGUGCGCAACGGCCGCAUCCGAUAUGUUUUCAUGUGUAAUUUUAAGCCUGAUGACUACAUAAUUCUUCCAAAAAGUGUUCGAAUUCCUGAACAUGGAGGUGACACACCUUGCUCAGAACUCCACCAAGGAACCUCCCUCAUUUUUUGA